UGAUUUCUCUAAUUUGCAGGAGUUUCUGAAAAAAGAAUUCAGCCAAGAAAAUAUAACUUUUUGGAUAGCAUGUGAGCGUUACCGACAGUUAAAGGAUCAAGCAUUGAUGGCUCAGAUGGCUAAAGAGAUAUAUACCAAGCAUCUAUGCAUAGGAGCUUAUGAGCCAGUAAAUGUUGAUAGCCAUGCCCGGCAAGUUGCACAAGAAGGUUUGGAUUCACCGACUCCUGAACUUUUUCUUCCAGCUCAAAAACAGAUAUUUAAUUUAAUGAAAUUUGAUUGCUACCAGAGGUUUCUUAAAUCUACGAUGUUCAAAGAAUGCAUGCUGCGAGAAAUGCAAGGGCAACCAUUGCUAUAUCCAGGACAAGUUCUUGAAUCUGGUAAUUCUUGUGAGAGUGAUAAACAGAAAGUUUCUGUGGAAUUAAAAAAAAGGAAAUCUUUGAUUCCCUGGCAUAAAUUAAGUAAAACAAAGUCUAAUGAAUCAAAGAAUGGAGGAGGUAGACUUUGGGAUAGACACUGUGAAAUUCGAAAAUCUUUGAAGAAAAAGAAAAAAGAGAAAGAAUCUCAGAAAUUGGAUGAUACUAGUUCUACUCAAUCAGAUAUGACAGACAGUAGAUCAUCAUUAACUAGUAGUGAAACUGGUGUUGGAAUGCUUUAUAAAAAUGUAUCAUCAAGAGAAUCACUAAAUUCUGCUGAAUUAACUUUGUUUCCGAGUCAUUGUGGCUCAGAUGGUUAUUAUUGUCGAGUAAUACUGCCAGAUCUUUCUACAACUGUUGUGAAAACUCAGAAAGGGGAGACAGUUGGAGAAAUGUUGUUAAAACUUCUUGAAAGACGGAGUUUGACAUAUAAUGCUGUAGAAGCCUAUGUUGUUGGAUCACACCAGCCUUUAGAUCAUGGCACAGAUGUGACAACAUUAAGCUGCAAAGAAAUACGAGUAGAACAAGUAAUUUUAUUUUGCAUUGAUUUACCAAAUAAAAAAACAAUUGGAGUGAAAGCAAAGAAUAAUAAAGUAUGUGGAGACAUUUUGAAACCAGUUCUUCACAAGUAUGGAUAUAAAAUGGAUCAUGUCACAAUGACUGUGGCAUCUUUGCAGAAACCGGUUGUCAAGAGUGCUCCAAUUACUAGCAUUGAUAAUCAGAGGAUACUCAUAGAAGUGAAGGAUUCUUUUUCUUCUGCUUCAGGUAUGUCUGAGUAUUUAAAUGACAAAGAUAAGCUACCUGAAAAUGAUAUGAAAUCAACACAUUCCUUCCCAGAUCUUGAGGAGCUUACUAAUCAGAUAUUUGAUGACCUUCUGAAGACAAGGCCAGAAUUUCAGUUUGAUGGCUUAGGAGUAAUUGAUAUUGAAAGGAAAUGCGAUGCGAAGAAGAAUCCUGUUUCAAAAUCGUCAUAUUUUUAUCAUCAUGCACGUUCUCAGAUAGAUAUCGAUAGAGCUGCACUAAAGUGUAAACUACAACCUAUUGCUAGAUCAGAAGGAAUGAAGUCACUAGUUGAAAAUAAGGCUCUGUUACCUCAUAAUCCAUCACGAGUCAUAAAUGUUUAUCCAGGAGAUUCUUCAUGUUUACAGUGUGUGAAAAAUCAAACAUCCGAGUCAAAGUUUGAGAUGGGGACAAAGGAUAGCUCUCAUGGUAAAGAAAAUUGCCCUGUUCCCACUAAAAUUGAAAUGAAGUCUUCUUUGCCAUUUAAUAGCACUGAUGCUGAUUUUGGCUUAUCUACAGCUCUUCAAAGUCUAGAUCAUAAUUUGUCGCCAGAAUUAGUAUAUUCUCCUAACCAGCUGGCUGAGAAAUAUUUCCCAAGAGCUUGUUAUUCUACCAAUGAAUUUGAAGAAACACAUUCUGAAAAAUUCCUUCAAAAUCUUGGUAUUGUUCCAUCUGUGGUCGGAAAUUUGAAAUCAAGAUCUGGUGCUUGGCCUGUUUCCAAACCCACAGUUUCUGCCUUAUCACAUCCUCCUCCAAGGCUUCCGCCUCGUGUUAGGCCCACUGAACAUAAAGAUGCAGUAUUAUUGUCGGCGAAUUCAUCUCCUACAUCAAAUCUAGAUUCAACCCUUACAGCUAAUGAUAGUUUUGAAUUAGAUUUGGACAUAGAUGUGACAUUAAGGGCUCAUUCGGAUGAAUCUCUAUCUCCUUCGAGAAUUGGCUAUUUGUUGGAAGCAUCAAACCAGGGUGAAGAUCUCCCCCUAGAAAGAGAUGUUUCUAAAGAGGCUUCAUUUUCACAACUACCUCUACGAAGACUGUCAUGUGAACCUCCUCCUGUUCCUCCUAAAGCCCUUGCCAGAGGUCCUCCUCCUCGACCACCAAGCCGACAACUUGUUCAUAUUAACCCAGCUUUUUGUCUCACAUCAGAUGAAGAAGCAUCAGAAGAUGGUGAAAGUGUGGAAAAUAGUGCAAAUAUUGGCUCAUUUCAGCCCAAAACUGAUUAUCUGGAUCUUGGUAAAGACUAUGGAGAGUUCAAUAUCAGCUUUGUUUAAUAAAUGAUUGUUUUUAGCAAGAGAAUAAAUUUCUCUACUUCAGUCCUUAGACUUAAAAUUGUUUAUGGAGCAACUGCCAGCACAGUUAAUCUUUGUACAGCUGCUUAAAAUGAUUAGAAAGUAUAUUUAUGGAAAUAUUGUAUUUUAUUGGAUUUUUGUGACUUGUAACUAUUUUUGUAAUAUAUCAGUAUAUUUAUUUUGUUAAUCUAGAUUUAAAAGAUUAUAUAUUUUAUAAAUAAAAAGCAGUAAACAGUACUUUAGAGGAAGAAUGAAAUUUUUUACAUUGUUGUAUUUUUAUUACAUCAUCUAAAUUUUCAUCUUAAGUCCUUAGUAUAUAUUUAUGGAUUGUCAAUCUCAGAAUAUGAAAAGCCAAUUUGGAUACAUUUUUGAUAUUGCUUUUAGGAAAUAAUUUUGAAUUUCACAUUAAUUCCUUUUAGUCAUAAAUUAUACAUUUCAGGUUUUCUUCGAAUGUAAUGUGAGUUUUUAAGAAUAAAAUAUUGCUCAUUGAAUUACUUAUACUUGCUCAUAGAUGCUACAUUUUCUUUUUUGUUUUGGUGAUGUUCCUAGUGCCACAUGUGCCUAACACCUGUGCAAAGUGCUGCUAUAUUUGAAGAUGCAGAAUGCAGUUGAAAAUGUGGUAUGUUAAUUACUCGCCUAAAAUUCAUCCUCUUGAAACUGUGAUUAAAUAAAUGUACACUUUUUUUGUA